CUCACAGAGUUACUAACUAGUACUCCAGUGAGAGAUUUCACGCUGAGAAAACCCAAGUUUAGCUAUGUUCUCUUUCAACUUAUGUAUUUGCUUAAGUUGUCCAACUUAACCAAGCCGGACAAGUUAACCAGGCCAGUGUAGUAGAAAGAGUGCAGGAAGAAAUAAUUUGUAGAUUUAGUGUAGAUAAGAUCAGUAUGGGCGAAGAAGAAUCAGUGAAUGCAGUUUCCAAAACUGGCUCAAAUGACAAUAGCAUGCCAGAGAAUGCUUUAGAUGAUACGAGUGAAAAGAAGGACUUGGAAGCUGAGGGAGGAAAAACCUUGGAGAAUAAUGGAGUCAAAGACUUGAAGGAGGAUGGCUUAAAAGAAAUGGAAGUUGAUGAGAAAGCUGAAGGUGAGGAAGAAGUAAAAGAUGAUAAGCAAGUUGAUGAUGGUGGUGAAGUAGUAGAAGACAAUAAAAAAUUUGAUGGUGGGGAAGAAGUAAAAGAGGAUAAGAAAGUUGAUUGUGUGGAAGAAAUGGCAGAGGAUAAGAAAGAUGAGAGCAUGAAACAAAUAGAAGAAGACAAGACAGAUGAUUUUGUGAAUGAAAUAGGAGAAAAUAAGAAGGAUGAUAAUGGAUUCGAUAAUGACAAAUUGAAUGAAGAAAAUGAGGUUAAGGAAACUAUGGAUAGUAAAGAAGAGAAGGAAAUUGUAGAAGCUAAGAAACCAGAAUUGGAUGUGAUGGACGAAGAGGUUAUACCUAAAGACAAAGAUGAGAGCAAUGAAGAGGAGAAAAUUCAAGAGGAGGAGGAUGAGGACAAGGUUGAUAAGUCAAAAGAAGAUAAGGCAGAAGACAUUAAGGUUGAGAAAGGAUUGAAGAAGCGUGGGAAAGGAAGCAUUAAUGGGGAGAAGGUGAAAAGGAAAAGAAAGGAACUAAAGGAGACUGAGCCAAGGACUCCUUCUAUCAAUCGCCCUGUACGUGAAAGGAAAUCAGUUGAGAGGUUGGUAGCAUCAAUUGAGAAAGAUCCCAAAGAAUUUCACAUUGAAAAGGGUCGCGGUACUCCUUUAAAAGAUAUACCCAAUGGUAUGGUGCUCGCCUUUCUUUGA